ACAAAGGCGCGUUUUCCUGAGCGAGAGAGAGAGAGAGAGAGAAACGGGCGAUUUUCACAUAGGCAGAUCGGCCGAGUCGGUUGGCGAUUUCGUCGAUGUAGGAGAGAGUUGGGACAACAAAAGGGAGCUAAAGCCCACCUGGCAUUGGUUUCUCUGAGUAUUUUAGGGUCACCUCUUCGUUAUUUUCGUCGGGAUUUUCAGUAGGAGAGAUAAAAGGGCUGGUAGGUUUUAUUUUGGCCAGAAAGCUAAGAUUUUCGUUAGAAGAAGAGAAGAUGGAGUGGACUGCAUCUCUCGAUGAGUAUGAAAAGCUCGUCAUACGAAUGGACACUCCAAGGGUAGUCAUUGACAAUGCUGUCUGCGCAACUGCUACUCUGGUAAAGGUCGACAGUGCGAGGAAGCACGGCAUCCUUCUGGAGGCCGUACAGGUUCUUACCGAUCUUGACCUCUGCAUCAAGAAGGCGUACAUCUCCUCCGACGGAAGAUGGUUCAUGGACGUAUUUCACGUUACUGAUCUAAACGGCAACAAGCUCACGGAUGAGAGCGUUAUCAGCUACCUUGAACAGUCUCUCGGCAGCAGUAAUGGUCCCAGGCCCAAUGGCUUCAAUGGCCUAACAGCGUUAGAAUUAACGGGAACCGACCGGCCAGGACUCCUCUCGGUGGUUUUUGCAGUUCUUGACGACUUGCAAUGCAAUGUUGUGGAUGCAAAGGUGUGGACGCACAAUGGCCGGAUCGCGUCCACAAUCUAUGUCAAGGAUGAGGAUUCUGGCUCCGCCAUUGAAGACGCCCACAAGAUUAACAGGAUCGAAGAGCGUCUGAGGAGUGUUCUGAAGGGUGAGAAUGAUAUCAGGAGUGCGAAGACAUCAGUCUCAUCAGUGCCUGGUGCCCACACCGAGCGACGGCUCCACCAGAUGAUGCUUGCCGACCGUGAUUAUGAGAGGAAAUCAGCUGCUGCCAUGGCGGAGUCAUCAGUCCCGAAUGUAUCGAUUCAGGACUGGUCGGAACGUGGCUACUCUGUUGUUAAUGUGAAGUGUAAUGAUCGGCCGAAGCUAUUGUUCGAUAUCGUGUGCACGCUGACUGACAUGGAAUAUGUCAUCUUCCAUGCCACGAUUGAUACAGAUGGCACACAAGCUCAUCAGGAAUUCUACAUCCGGCAUACAGACGGAAGCCCCAUUAGUUCAGAGGCCGAAAGGCAGCGUGUGAUUCAAUGCUUGCAAGCUGCCAUUGAAAGGAGAGAAUCCGAGGGUGUGAGGUUGGAGCUAUGCACCCCUGAUCGAAAGGGGCUUUUGGCGGAUGUGACCCGAGGAUUCCGUGAAAAUGGUCUAUGCAUCACGAAGGCUGAAAUCUGCACGACGGGUGAGACGGCCAUCAAUGUAUUCUGUGUGACCAGUGCUGCUGGCCACCAGGUCGACCCUGAGACCAUCGAGGCCAUCCGACAGAGAAUUGGACUAAGUAGCCUCAAAGUGAAGGAACCACUAAUCUGCCACAAGACUUCUUCAGCAAGGGAGGAGACUACAGGAGUUGGUCUUUUCUCCCUGGGCAGUCUAGUUAAAAGGAAUUUAUACAAUUUGGGCCUUUUGAUCAGAUCUUGUUCUUAACCAAAAAGAUGAUCUGAUGUGUGUGUAGCAUAUACCUUGCCUCCACUCUAUAGUUGUUUGUACAGGGAUAGAAAAGAAAAGGAAAGAGGAUAUGUGAUAGUUGUUGUAGUGUAGAUGGUUGGUUUGGUUAGCCCUUUUUCAUAUUUUCAGAAAAGAAAUGAGAUGAAUAGGAAAAGGAACAAAGGAGAAGAAAAUUAGGUUGGAUUAGGGAGGGCUUUUAGGGCCCCUCUAUUGUGUGGUUGGAUUGGGGAGGGGUUUAGGGCCCCUCUAUUGUGGUGGUGUUUGCUGGCAAGAGUAGGUCGUUGAUUGGAUGGUGUGAUGUUGCCAUUGCAGCUUCGGACACGGUCUCAUACGCUCACUGUACAUAAACGGCUUAAAUUUUGAUUCUAAUGGUUGAUUGUAUUUGCCUA